GCUUCAGAAGUCAACGUGCGAACCAGUGAGCUAUAUACCAAAAAUCUACUCCACAGACAUGGAUCCGUCAAAAUUCACUAAUCCUUCUUUUGAUUUAUGCUUAGCUAAGCGCAUACGUUCUUUCGCUCAACGACUUCUCACUAUAUAAACCGAUCAAUCAAUCGCUCUAGUAACCCAUUCUUUUCCAUUCUUCAUCUACAGACACUUGUACACUUUUUCUCUUUUGUUUUGCUUUCUGAGGAUUUCGUAUCGCUACAGAAAUGGCAGCAAACUCAAAAGAAACAGAGCUCCCGGUGAAGGCCUUUGGAUGGGCAGCGAGGGACACUUCCGGUCAUCUUUCUCCUUUCAAUUUCUCCAGAAGGGAAACAGGGGAGAAGGAUGUGCAAUUCAAGGUGGCAUAUUGCGGAAUUUGCCAUUCAGAUCUUCACCAGCUCAAAAAUGAAUGGGGUUUCAGUUCAUAUCCUGUUGUUCCCGGACAUGAGAUCGUUGGUGUGGUGACAGAGGUAGGGAGCAUAGUGGAUAAAUUUAAAGUCGGCGACAAAGUGGGUGUGGGAUGUUUUGUCGGAUCCUGCCGCAAGUGCGAAAGCUGUAAAAGUGAUUUAGAAAAUUAUUGCCCUGGAGGUGUCCUAACCUACAAUGCUACUGGAACCACCACAUACGGUGGUUUCUCAGACAUUAUGGUGGCCGACGAGCACUUUGUGCUCCGGUGGCCGGAAAGUUUGCCGAUGGAGGCGGCUCCUCUGCUCUGUGCUGGGAUCACAACGUAUAGCCCUUUGAGAUACUUCGGGCUCGACAAUCCGGGAAUGCGCAUAGGAGUUGUCGGGCUAGGCGGCCUUGGCCAUAUGGCUGUGAAGUUCGCUAAGGCUUUUGGAUGCAAAGUUACUGUGAUCAGCACAUCUGGUAGUAAAAAGCAAGAGGCCAUUGAUCGUUUUGGGGCCGACUCAUUCUUGAUCAGCCGCAACUCAGAAGACAUGCAGGCGGCCGCAAACACAUUAGAUGGCAUUAUAGACACGGUUUCUGCCGUUCACCCUCUUGUGCCACUACUCUCUUUAUUGAAAGUAAAUGGAAAGCUUGUCUUGGUUGGAGCUCCAGAAAAAGCACUUGAAUUGCCUGCCUUUCCUUUGAUCAUGGGUAGAAAACUAGUUGCGGGAAGUGGCGUUGGUGGAAUGAAAGAGACACAAGAAAUGCUAGACUUUUCUGCCGAGAAUAACAUAACACCGGAUGUGGAGGUUGUCCCCAUGGAUUAUGUCAACUCGGCAAUGGAACGCCUCUCUAAUAAUCAAGUGAAAUAUAGAUUUGUACUAGACAUUGCCAAAACAAUGAAAUCUGCUUGAAUAACUUCAUAUUAAGCGCCAUGUCUUGGCCAAAAUGAUUUAUCUACUUUACAAUUUUCUAAAGUUUCAAUGCUUUAUGCGAGACGUUGUUAUGUUUGUUUGUUUUAAUAUACGGAGUAAUAAAUAUAAUUUCAUCUAUGUGGCUUUUCGUCC